UGUUACAGUAACUGAGCAAGCCGCUUCAUUUGUUGGGUAAGAAAAACAGGCAGCUUGUGCAGCAUAUGCUCUCAUUUAAUUAUUACUCAUAUAGAUCACAUCGAAACCCAUACUGCAGAAUUACUGUAUUCGUCUUAAUCCCUUUGGAGGUUUUGGAGGAAUAAACCAUUCUUUCUGGAGAACACGGAUCUAAGAGAAGGUGAGAACCAGAACAGACGUGUUUUUUUAUUUUUUUAUUCUAAGGCACAAAUGGAGUGCUGCAGUGGAUUUCACCCAGAAUCAAUGAUUAUUUCGACACUGAGAUGAAUGAAAGCAGUACAGUUUCGUAACAAAACAGAGACCGUUGUCUCAGUCUGUCUUCUGUAUUCCGUUCCCUUCUCUUGUAGGGGUAACAAAAGCGUUCAAAACGGACGGGGUAGUGGAGCACAGGGGUAAAAACCGGGGUAAUAUGAAGGACAGGGACUUAAUGCCCAAUAUGGAGAGGGGCAAACCUGCCACAUACACUGGGGAUAAAAAGGCAAAGAUGGCAGCGAAGACCAACAAAAAGUGGGUGAGACUGGCCACUGUUUUUGCCUAUGUUUUGUCCGUGUCACUGGCUGCUAUUAUCCUGGCAAUUUAUUACAGUCUGAUUUGGAAGCCCGUUAGGUCACAAGACGCCACAACCACUUCUCUGAGGCCCGGUGGUUCAGACGGGACUGCCACCAACAUUUCCAGUACGAAUUCAUCUCAGUCGAACCUAUCACCUGCUAAUGAAACCAGGUCGACUGGGGAAAUGGGGAACAGAGAAGCCCAGCAGAGGAAUUUACAGCAAUGGGGGCUGAGCAGUCCUGAAAUAAUUUCAGACAAAAUGUUGACCCAAAGUGCGCAGACUGGGCCACCUAGACACAAAGAAGUCGACACAACACAUAUGUAUAAAGGCACUGUGACUAAAGGACUGGCUGCCCAUUUAAACACACAAGAACAUUUGAUGAUAACAGAGGCUUCCAACAUCAAACACACAACUGCACAGGAUACUGGAGAAACUGAGGUUUGGAAGCCAAUAACUGUGGAUCGAGUUCAGCAACAGCAGCUGGAUAGGACGGGGUCGUUUCCUUCUGCCGAUCCCGCUGCAGGUGGUCCUACACAAAGUCUACAAGACGCAUCUAAUGAGCACGCUGCUCUCACCGAAGCUCUGCAAGGCUUGCAACGUGCUGCAGAAGCGGACUAGGCUACUAAAAAGCAAGGGCUUCGGGUUUCACAGAUCUGAACCGAGAAAUCAUGGAUAUAACAGAAAGGUCUUCCUCGUUAUUAGAGGAUCUAGCUUCGCAAGACUUAGUGGAUGUAUCAGAAACAGCUCCAGUGACUUCAUACUCUACACUGAGUGAAACCGUAUAGAAUUAAAAUAUAUAUACCAUAAAUUCUUAUACUUCUAUAAACACCCUUCCUCCUCUGUUACGCCUUAAAACCAUUUUUGACAGCUAUCCUUCUUUCUGAUUGACGGUUUGUUAGACGUUUCUACACCCAGCACCAAGGAUAAAGAGGAAUCGAUUAUAGCUAUAUUACAUUUUAUAAUGUCUAAACAAACUUUGACAUUUUAGAAGUCGAAUGGGCCUGUCAAUUGUCAACACAAUACGCUGAAAUGCAAUUUUCUUUCCCUUAAAUUAUGAGUAGAGACUUGCAUUUUGUUUGAAAUAAUUUUAUAAAUUUACCAGGAUUCCACAGGCUUAAGAGGAACACCUUAUAUUGAGUUAAGCUCAGGUAUGUGCAUAACUAAUUAUAAUAAAUAUGUAAAUGUGAAAAAUACUGUAUGUGGGUAUUGCGUACAUAUAUAAGGAAUAUUGUAAAUGCUCAGUACUGGGGUUCAUUUUUAGCCUAGAUACUUUGGUAACACUAUUUUCAGUUACUUUAAACUAAAAUAUAAUUGCACAAAUAUUUGUUUUUUGCAUUAAGAAAAUAUUAUUUAAAUGAUACAUUACACACUAUGUUUCUAUCCCGUAAAAUACAAAUACGUUGUUCAUUUAAACCGGUGAUAGAGGUGCCUGAAUCGCUAGGCCUAUGUAUAUUUUGGUCAAACGUGAGAACCAAAAACUUUUGAACGUUUCCUUUUUUUAUUUUUUAUUUCCAUUGAUUUCUAAAUCGUGUUUAAAAUAAAUAAAUAAAUAAAUAAAUAAAUAAAUAAAUAAUGAGUUUGAAAUAAUGCAGGUAGUGUAAAAUGUAUAAUUACUUUAGGGAUUCUUCGUGUAAAUAAAAGAAAAUAGUUGAAAGUAAUUUGUUAAGUGUAUAUAACUAUACACUGUUGUUAAUGGAACCAAGGGUUUUAUUAAAAGUAAUAGCCAUAUAACAAAUCCAGUCAAUGUCUUGCUAAUUGCAUUGUUGUUUAUAAAGGUUUUGUAAAGAGAAAAUGGCAGGCAACGCUUCUUUCUGAUAGACAUUUCCUGAACCAUUAAACUAUUUUAUUUAUAGUUAUCGAGUACCAUUAUUUCCAAUGCAAAUGUAAUAAUAAUACUGCUACACGUGUUUGUGUCUACAUUGGUAAUUCAUUUUGAUGGUUCUGUAUGAAAACAUGUAUUAAAAUGCAGUUUGAUAUUUAAAAAAAUUUUUUUAAAGUGAACGAUUUUCGGCCACAGUGGACCUAAACUAAAAAGUAGGCUACAUCAUUUUAAAUGCUAAUCGUUCAUGAAAACCGAAUAAAAAAAUGUUCGGCAAUAAAUGUUUAAUAAAAACAACAUUAACUGUAUGCUUUGCCUAGAACAUAACUUGUGUUUAUAUUUUACAUAUUAACGGUAAUUUGGCAAAUUCAAUUUAAACCAACACAAGAUCUUAAACGCGUCCUGUUUGACAAGACCCUUGCAAGACUCGUUAAUAUGAAAACCAGAUUCCCGUCUACAGCAGGAUAAAAGCAUGCUAAUUGUCUUUUUGAGGCUGGCUAUGUUUUACACUACAAUAAAUUACAUAUCAAAGCGCUGGGGCGCAGCAAUGACGUUAGCAAUUUCAAAGGCAGCAACUGCAUAAUGUUGACAGCAGGAUCAGAUUCGAAAGGCCGGCGUGUCAAUUAGUAAACAAAAAUAUAUACAGUAGCUGUUUCAGGUUGUGCAGAUAUCUUUCAAUGUGCAUUUGUUAUCAAAGUAUAUAUUUUUUUCAUGCGGAAAAGCCUGCAGAAAGCUUUUAGCAUAUGUUGGCCUAUAAAAGAAGUUUGUGGCAAACAUGCAUGCGGCUAUUACAACUGUGGAAUUUCAAGCUCUAUUACAGCACAAGAAGCACCUUUUAUUUUACUGGUAACAUUUUACAGGAAACACAAACACAGCCAAAAUAUUUAACAUUGCCUUGUAAGGUAAUAACCAUGUAACACUUCUCAUUUCAUUACUUCGAUUUUUUUAGAGAUGGCAAUUGAAGCAGAUCUCAUAACAGUAAUGGUUGUAAGAAAAUAUAAUACAUUAUUAUAACAAUGCAUAAACCAACACCCCUUUAAUGGCUUCUACUGAUGUUGCCAGGCUGCAACUAAUUACAGAGAUAUGUUUUUAUCUUUUUAAAAACAGCCUGUCAUAAGAAGAAGUAAAAUAUUGAUUAAAUAAGAACAUCUGUUAAGUAAAUUAAUAUUAAUAAAUGUUCUGCUGAGUGAACACAUCUUUAAAUGUAAUCACUUCCACCUUUAGUAAGGUGCAGACGUGUAUAUCAAUAGAAACCUAUACUCAAAAUGGGAAAUUACAUGUAACAAUGAUGGGCUCAGAAGCCCCACAUCGUUUCCGGUUUUCUAACCCCAUCCACACACUGUAUUUGGAAUGCAUUGACGAUCCUGAGAUUAAGAUGCAUCGAAACUCACGAGGAAGAGGAGAACAAUCUCUGGAAAUGCACCAUCAACCAUUUCUACAAUUAUAUUUCCAUAAUUUCCAUAUUAUAUUUUCCUCAACCUGAUCAGCUACAUUAUUCUGUGACUUGAAUCAUGCUUCAUACUGACACAUUUGUUGUUCUUAGCCACCUGGUGCCUUUGAAUCACCAGAUUUAUGUUAAAAUACCUACUGUGCAGUUUAGUCAGAAGCAACCUGCUGGAGGGCUGCUACGUCCUUCAAACAGUAGUCAGAGAAAGACACUGCAGUAUUAACUAAAUGUUAUUUAAGAAACAAGCAUGUUUUUAUCAUAAAAAAGUGUGACUUCAGUUACAUUUUGCCACCAUCCUGUUUAAUCUCUUAACCGCCAAAGUGUCCCAUCUGAAUGUGUGCAUUUCCUGUAAUGCACCCUGCUCUCUUUAAAAUCAUGAUCUCUCAUGCAAACUGUUCAUAAAUCUGUACAAGAUGUGGGUCCCAAUUCAUUAAGCGUUUAUCAUGUUACAACAUACUGUAAGCAUUUGACUAGGAAAAACAAACUGGUAAUGCUACAGAUCUAGCAAGAAACUACAAGGGUACAGUAUAGUUAUGAACACACAGUAGUGGGUUAUUUCAUUAGUGAUGCAGCAGAUGCAGAAAUGGUUGCAGAUUAAUGACAUUGUAUUGAUGUUGAACUUGGUUCAGGAAAGACAUUUUAUUGAACGGUUUAAAAAAUGGUUGCAACACUUAUUGAACACUUAAUGUUUCAAACAACCAAUAUCCACUGAAGCACCUACGAGUUUUUACAUAAUGUCCAAAUAUGUUUCAAUAUUUUAAUGUACAGCAUUUCUUUAAAAAAAUGUCUAAAUCGUAUACAACUUCAAAGAUCUAUAAUAUAACACAUUAUGUAACUUGUAAAGCACAAUGGUUUUUAAAGCUGUCAACGUUUUUACUGUAGGGACACAUGCUGUCUGGUACAUACUUUAACUUCAAAAACACUCAAGUAUAGAUCCUUAGGUAAAACUUCCCUUACAAACAUUUAGGUGGUAGAAGUAUGGUAAAGUGUAUUGUAAAGCAUUGCCAAAGCAUAGUGGUAGCAAGGCAAAGGUAAAUAAUAGAUGAGCAUGAUGUCAUUCCAGCUUUAAAAUGAUACUAACAUGGAGAAGAAUACGGUCCAAGGUUAUCAAAAUGUGCA